UGGAGGGCGCCGAGGGGCGGGGAGCGGGCGUGCGUGUGUGUGCGAGUGCGAGGGAGGCCGGCCUUUAGUGUAACCGGAGCUACAAAGAAGGGGAGAGUCCGGGAGAGGGAGGGAGGAGCGGCGGCGGCGGCGCCGGGGGCAGCUCCGCCAGCCGGCCCCUUCCCCCCGCGCCCGCGCCCGCGCCCACCCGGAAUGAUGAAGAAGAACAAUUCCACCAAGAGGGGGCUUCAGGAUGGCAACCAGCCGUCCGCACCGCCUGAGAAGGUCGGCUGGGUCCGGAAAUUCUGCGGGAAAGGGAUUUUCAGGGAGAUUUGGAAAAACCGUUAUGUGGUGCUGAAGGGGGACCAGCUGUACAUCUCUGAGAAGGAGGUAAAAGAUGAGAAAAAUAUUCAAGAGGUGUUUGACCUGAGUGACUAUGAAAAGUGUGAAGAGCUCCGGAAAUCCAAGAGCAGGAGCAAGAAAAAUCAUAGCAAGUUUACUCUUGCCCACUCCAAACAGCCCGGCAACACGGCUCCCAACCUGAUCUUCCUGGCCGUGAGUCCAGAAGAGAAGGAAUCAUGGAUCAAUGCCCUCAACUCUGCUAUCACCCGAGCCAAGAACCGUAUCUUGGAUGAGGUCACCGUUGAGGAGGACAGCUAUCUUGCACACCCCACUCGAGACAGGGCAAAAAUCCAACACUCCCGCCGCCCCCCAACUCGGGGACACCUGAUGGCUGUGGCUUCCACCUCUACCUCAGAUGGGAUGCUGACUUUGGACCUGAUCCAGGAGGAAGACCCUUCCCCGGAGGAACCAGCCUCUUGCGCCGAGAACUUUCGCGUGGACCUGGACAAGUCUGUGGCCCACCUGGCCGGCAGCCGGCGGAGAGCAGACUCAGACCGCAUCCAGCCCUCCUCAGACCGAGCCAGCGGCCUCCCCCGGGCUUGGGAAAAGCCAGACAAAGGGGCCACCUACACGCCCCAGGCCCCCAAGAAGCUGAGCCCCGCAGAGAAAGGCCGCUGUGCCUCCUUGGAGGAGAUCCUGUCUCAGCGGGACGCUGCCCCGGCCUGCACCCUCCAGCUGCGGGCCGGGGACCCCCCAGGCCUCGUUCCACCCCACCCGGGGCAGCUGUCCCGGAUCCAGGACCUGGUCGCCAGGAAACUGGAGAAGACUCAGGAGCUGCUGACAGAGGUUCAGGGACUGGGAGAUGGGAAGCGAAAGGCCAAGGACCCCCCGGGGUCUCCUCCUGACUCUGAGUCAGAGCAGCGGCUGCUGGAGACAGAGCGGCUGCUGGGAGAGGCGUCCUCGAAUUGGAGCCAAGCAAAGAGGGUGCUGCAGGAAGUCAGGGAGCUGAGGGACCUGUAUAGACAGAUGGACCUGCAGAGCCCCGACUCGCACCUCAGACCAGCCACUCAGCACAGUCAGUACCGGAAGAGCCUGAUGUGAGCGAGGGGGACAGCGGCUGGAACUUGGGGGGUGGGGUACACGGACUCUUAUCUCCAAGUGUUGCAGGAUAAAGCUUUUUUAUUUACCUCAGUCAAAAAAAGGAAAAAAAAAAAACCCC